UGUCGUGCUUUAUUUUUAUGUUUUUGGAGAAAAGGUAUUAUGCUGUUCAGCCCCCUCAGAAUGCUACAUCAUACGAAGGCACUUAUACGGUUAGGUCAAGCCUAGUGACAGGAAACACAUCACACAGAAGACAAUACAUUUCUUUCUCGGCUUCUUCGGAUAGCAAAGAAAAAUGGCUGCGCAUGCAGUACUUGUCCCAUUUCCAGGGCGAGGCCACAUCAAUCCCAUGAUGCAUCUCGCCAGAAAGCUUGCCUCUCAUGGAAUCUCUGUUACUUUCGUGCUCACUGAGUAUUGGCACAAAAUCAUCACAGAGGCCGAGGACGAUGAUUUCUCCCAUGCCCAAAAGCUAGGCCUCGACAUUCAGGCCGCCCUCAUUCCAGACUGCAUGGUGGCUGGUAACAUGGUGGACUUUUUUCUGUCGCUCUCCAACAUGGAAACUCAUGUCAGCGAGCUUCUAACAAACCUCAAAAGCUCGGGAACCACCCCGUCCUGCAUAGUGUAUGACACUUUCCUCAGAUGGGCGGUGCCCCUGGCGAAAAGACACGCUCUACUCUCUGUAGCACUGUGGCCAACAUCCGUCACGAAUUUCUCCAUCAUGUACCAUUCGGACUUGGUUGGGUUGCAAGACUGCAUAGAUUAUAUUCCCGGUGUGCCCUCGUUAAAACCGGCGGAUCUUCCAAGCUCGAUUCUAUCUCCUUCUCCUGUCAGCAACGAGAUUUUGCAGAGUAUUAUAGAUGCAAGAGACGCAGAUUGGGUUGUUGGGAAUUCUUUCUACGCCUUGGAAAGUAAAGCAAUCGAUGCCCUGCUUCACAAAACCCCUGUGCAGAGUGUGGGCCCCUUGAACAUGCCCUCUGCCCACUGGGGAGACGGGAAGGGCGUUUCACAAUGCAGAGAAUGGCUGGAUUCGAAACCGGCACGGUCGGUCAUAUACGUUUCCUUCGGUAGCUUUGUUCAGGUGCCAAGAGCUCAGAUAAGGGAAAUAGCAAUGGGUCUUAUGCAGAGCGGCUAUUGUUUUGUGUGGGCACUUCGGCCAGAUAAAGAGGCGUCUCAUGUCUGGGAAAUGUUGCCGGUUGGAUAUUUGGAGCAGUGCAAAGAGCAGGGGUUAGUUGCGCCCUGGUUUAGGCAAGGGGAGAUUCUUUCACAUCCUUCGGUAGGUGGGUUUUUCAGCCACUGUGGAUGGAACUCCAUUAUGGAGAGCGUUUCAGAGGGUAUUCCCAUACUGGGAUUUCCUAUUGGGAUGGAUCAGUUUACAAAUUGUAAGUUUCUUGUGGACGAAUGGGAGUUCGGCUUGAGAGGCAGGAGUAGAGAGGAUGAAAAUAGGAUUAUAGAAGCGGAAGAGAUUUCCAGAAAGGUGAAAGUGUUGAUGGAAGGGGAGGAGAGCGUUAGAUUGAGAGGAGUGGUUGAGAGAUUUAGAGAGCUUGCCAAAGAGGAAGUCACCAACGGACUGUCUGCAACUAAUCUGAAACUACUGGCCGACAAGUUGAAAGAGGUCAAAUGCCCAAGUAAGUAAUAGCAGUAGAUUAAGCCGUUUGAGAUUUUAAGCAAUUUGCCUUCUCCAAUCUAUCCACUAUUUUACUUUUCUACUACAGUCAGCAGCGAAGCGAAACAAUCAAUCGAUAUCUAAUGCCAACGAAUCUUCUAGCUUUCAAAAUGUGUGCUGCAAUGCCUUACCUUAUUUUAAUUAUGAUCAAUAUUUGUA